AUGCGGCCGUGUGGGAGGACUGGAGACGCCAGUCUCUGGCCCCGCGCCUUCUAUUGCAACGGGUUCGUCAUGGUCGAUUCGGAGAAGAUGUCAAAGUCAAAGGGCAAUUUCCUCACACUCAAGGACUAUGCGAUCGACACUUACUCAGCCGACGCGGUGCGGAUCACGUGCGCCGACAGCGGCGAUGGGCUCUCAGGAUAUGCCAACUUCUCCCGGGACAACUGCGGCAAGACAAUAUUGCGGCUCAACGCUUUACAAGGAUGGGCGACAGAGAUGGUGAGCCGGCUUCCAAGUUUAAGAUCGGGUGAUAAGAAUUUUAUUGAUAAUAUUGUGUCCAACAAAAUCAAGAGCAUGGUCGAGGAGGCUUACACUGCGUACGAGGGGAUGGUGUACAGUGACGCAUUGCGCGCAAUCUUCUACGACAUCGACAACCUUCGUUCCCAGUACAGUAUUCUGACGAACGACGAUGUUCACGCAGAAGUCAUCCGAGAGUUCUUGGAAGCUCAAAUGAUUGCAUUGUCGCCAAUAGCACCACACUUUUGCGAACACGCAUGGCAGAAGAUCCUUGGCAAGACGACGCUGGUGGUGCAGGAGAGGUGGCCUCGUUCGGACAUCGACAGCGUCCUCCUGCAGCAGUACGAUUUGAUUCAGGGUAUUUUGCGGGGCUUCCGCUUGGAGCUAGACAAGGUCACCAUUGCGUUACAUCGUUCCGUUUAUCUUUCUGUUUCAUACAAUAUGAUGUGUCGCCCCUUUUGCCUUCCUUUGUGCCUCUAG